AUGAUGUCCCCUGACUAUAGUCCUGAACCCCCAGUCCCAGAAACUCAUUCUUCCGAGAAUACCACAACUCCAUUGAAACAGUGGAAAGUUGGUGAUAAAUGUUCUGCCAUUUGGUCAGAAGAUGGCUUCAUUUACCCAGUGAUCAUUGCUUCACUUGAUGUUAAGAGAGAAACUUGUGUUGUGGUUUACACUGCUUAUGGAAAUAGAGAGGAGAAAAAUUUGUGUGAUCUACUUUUACCAGCCUUUGGAGCAGUUAAUAAUGUAGAGCAGAAUACUCAGGAGAAUGCUCAAGAAAAUGAAAAUGAAAGUCAAAUUUCAACAAAUGAAAGUGAGAACUCCUCCAGGUCUCCUGGAAAUAAAGCAAAUCACAUCAAGUGUAAAGCUACUUCCUGGGACUCUUUUCAACCUCCACCAUCUCCAGUGCCUGGAUCUUCCUCUGGACCACCUAUAAUCUCCCCUCCCUUCCCACCUCCCAUAUGUCCAGAUUCUCUUGAGGCCACUGAUGCUCUGGGAAGUGUGUUAAUCUCUUGGUACAUGCAUGGCUAUCAUACUGGUUACUAUAUGGAUUUCAGACAAAAUCAAAAGAAGGAAACUGUUCCAAUUUCAAUUAAGAAGUAA